AUGGCUCAGAACUCGUGGCGCACCAAAACUCCGAAUGAUUGGGACUGGGCGAACGAGAUUGCUGUAGUCACUGGUGGUAGCAGCGGCAUAGGCCAAGCUGUCGUCCAAAGGCUUGUGGCCAAGGGUCUGACUGUGGCUAUUCUGGAUGUUCAAGACCCUCCAGAGUCGUUGAAGGACCAAGAUCGCAUACAUUUCUACAAAUGUGACGUCUCCAAGCCAGAGGCCAUCGCAGCCGCGGCAGAUGCCAUUCGGAACGAGUUGGGCCACCCAACUAUCCUGAUCAAUAACGCUGGAAUUUCCCACCGGUGCCCAAUUAUUGAACUCUCCGACGAAGCCCUCCAACAGCUGUUCGCCAUCAACUGUUUUGCACACUGGUAUACGGUGAAGCAAUUCCUUCCGGACAUGAUCAAACAUGACAAGGGCCAUGUGAUCACGGUAGCCAGCUCAGCCUCCUUCAUCGCUGUCGCCAACGCCGGCGACUACUCAAGCAGUAAGAGCGCCAUCCGUGCUUUCCAUGAGACGCUCGGUUCAGAGCUGAAGCACAUCUAUGAUGCACCAAAUGUACUCACCACGGCUGUUCAUACUGAAUUCGUCAGGACGCCCAUCUUGAAGCACCAACAAGCGCAUCUAGAUAAAGAGGGCGUGUUCAUGCUCGACAGCGACUUCGUUGCGGACAAAAUUGUCGACCGAAUCGUGAGCAGAACCGGCGGUGAUUUGAUUCUUCCAGAGAGUCAUUCCUUUGUUGCUGGCUUGAGGGCUUGGCCUGCCUGGUUGCAAGAGCUUGCUCGGGAUAAAAUGGGUCGACGUGCGAGGAGGAGAGCGGAAACAGCUGGUAUUGCGCUUCAGUGA